AGGCGCGUGUUGUCUGUCUCUAUGACAACACGUUAUAGCCGGCUUAAGAGAGCGAGCGGAUUAAACACACGCGCAGGUGCACGCAGGAACCUCAGGCUUCCAGGAGGACAGCUGAUGAACACCUCUGAGCACGAGCUACUGCAUAAAGCAGGAGGACACAGCCUCGCCCAGGUACAGUGCAGGGAGAGAUGAGUACAGCCGUGUGCACUAAUACUCAGGAGGAGUAUGAUGACGACUUUGAGAAAGACCUGGACUGGCUGAUCAGCGAGGACGAGGGCAAGGGUGCGGAGCAGGACCCCGAUGAUGAUGAUGAUGAUGAAGAUGAUGAUGGUGAUGAAGAUGUUGAGGCUCAGAUAGACAAAGCGCUGGAUGAAAAUGAGAAGAGAGUGGACGAAGGUAGAGACACACCAAGCAAAGGAGACGAUAGUGGAGCAGAAGAGCAUCGACUGACACCCACCGACGGCGACCGUGUUACCACGGAGACGGCUCUGGCUGAGGAUAACGAGGAUGAAGAAAAUCAAUCUCUCCUGCAGAAGAUUGAACAGGCCAACAGACAGUUGCAGGACCAAGAGGCUCCAGACCAGAUGCGCAGACGCCGUCUGCAGUUCAAAGACACACUGGUGGACCUGGUGGUGCCUGCCCAGAACUACAGCGCCCCCUGCAGGGACCUCGAGGUGGAUGGAGACGUGGCGGAGCAGAUGCUGGAGCUGAAGAUCUCUCCGCAGGAGCAAAGGGAGGGCGGGGACGUUGGUGGGGACAGGCACAGGGAUGGACAGAGAGUGGGAGCGAGGGAAGGGCGCGUGUUGGUCGAACGAGAUGGGAAGUUUGACCUGGUGAGCUACAAGGAGGUAGAGAGCCAAGGCCUACUCCCGCCUUUGCCUGGAUGCCACAGCGACGGUCACCAUGGCUCCCCGCGGACACAAACGGAACCUGUAAAGAGCUCCUCUUUGUCUGUGAAGUCUAGCUUGGCUUUGCAGGCAGGGACCGAGCCACGGCAUGUCCCCCGACCUCCUCUGCCCCGCGGCCGGGUCCGGCCCAACUCUGCCAGCCACACCCAGGGGCCAUCAGGCAGGCAGGGGAUCGGUGGCACGCGGAGGGUCCAGUCGGCCAGCGGAGCUCCGGCUCUCGGCACCUUCACCCUCUCGCCACAACAGAAAGAACUGCUGACCAAGCAGCAGCAGAGGAGACAGAAGCUCGCCCAAGAGGAGGAAGAGCGGAGGCGUGAGGAAGAGGAGCAUAAGCGCGAGGAAAACGAGCUGGCGUUCCGAGCGUGGCUCGCGAAGAAGCGGCUUCAGCUACAGGACGAGAGGAGAGUUCAGAGAGCGCAGCAGAUGGAGUGGCUGAGCUGCAAGAAGGAGUGCUCUGACCCGGAUGAGGCAUUCCGACUCUGGCUGCAGAAGAAACAGGAGCAGCACUUGAAGGAGAGACAGCUGGAGGAGAUGAAGCGGCUGGAGCGCGAUAGCGCGCCCUACCUGCGCACGCCGGAGGAGCGGGACAAAGCGUUUGCUCUGUGGCUGAGGCGGAAGCGGGCGGAGCAGCGGGCGGAGCAGCGCGCUGCUCGAGUGCGCUCCCGCAGGCUGAUGCUGGAAGUGCGGCGCGCCAGGCGAGCGCAGCGCCCGUGGUGCAGUGUGAGCGAGAGCCGACCCUUCCGCUUCGACGACCCCUACAGCUACUGCUUCUGACGUCCAGCGCUUGUCAUGGUUACAGUGACUGAGCACCCACUGUCUCGCCGUGUCCAGGGAUGGAGCUACCGCCAGUGAAUUCCUCCGACUGCAGUCACCGCUGGUUACAGCGUCUGAGCUCCUCCCUUCCCACAGUGUCCAUGGUUUCCGACCACAGGAAUCACUACGAUUACCACUGUUAAGCUUGUCGCGUUCCACAAUCGUCAUAACUACACAUAUUAUUAUUAGUAUUAGUUUUUAUAUAGCGCCUUUCUUAGACUCAAGGACGCUUUACAGACAGAUAUCGUGAAACCGCAGGAAACCCACGCAGACAUGGGGAGAACAUGGAGACUCCCCUCAGAUAGGGCCUCACACGUAAGACCCUAGCACUGAGAGACAAACGUGCUAACCACAGAGCCACCGUGAUGAGCAAUUACAUCAGAAAUAGAACAUCUCUCACAUGUUCCUCCCCAUGUCUCUUAGACAGCACAGAUCACUCUUGUUAGAGGCCUGGGACGUGAACGAAAGAAAAACUCCACUCUUUCAUUCCACAUAUCUUCAUCUCUGUAAAUGUCCUUUUGGACAGAUCAGGUGAUGUCAGACAACAAGGCUGUGCUACAAGACCUCAACACACUUUAACUAAUUUCAAGAGUGGUGAGUUUGUGAAGGAUUUACGUCCAGUGACCACCUUUCUGUCUGAUUACACUGGUGAUGUCACGAGGCUGGCGUCAGAUCUGCAAAGAUCUGAUCCAGAAGCUGAAAUACUCUAUAGCCGUCUGUCUUCUUCUAUCUCUUAGAUACAUCCAGGUGCUCUAGGAAUGAGUAUAGUAUAUUUACUAGUGCGUAUAUUUACUGAGGAGCAGUCACUUGUAUAACUUUAAAUUAUAUUUUUAUUAUAGUAUUGUAGCUUUCACAUAUUCUUGUGUUUGGUAAUUUUAAUAUUUAUCAGAUGACACUCUGAAAUAGUUCAUGUAAUUCAGUGUACUAAUAAGAUCGUUACCUAGAAAGUACUUCUGGAGUUACACUGUUUUCUGUGCUCUGAACGUGUGUGGAAAUUGUACGUGUUAUUAAGUAAUUAAUAUAAUAUUAAAAUUAACAUAAAGCUCCAUAUAUACCAGCCAAACGUCGCCUAGGUAGCCUUUAUAAUGGUUGGUUCUGGCACGUUUGAAAGGAAGACAGGACCUCACAAUAGCGAUGAUCUCAAUGUGUAGUCCCAUCUGCCGAAAAACUUCAUUACCCAG